UAACAGGGCCAUAAAUGCUCAAACCUUGGGAAACAUCCACAUUUCCGAUGUGGGCGGCGCAGUUGGCCAAGAGCACUCCAGGCGCUUCGUUGUUCCUGCGUCAGUCGUGAAAGGGGAGGAGAGGGAAUAACCGAGGGUCAAAACUCCUAGCAUGAGGACUAGAGGACCAUCCAGACUAGCAACAAAUAGCUGAACUUCCACCAUCACCACCACCAUCAGCCGAGCCGCGCAUGGCAGAACCCAUCCCCCGCGCCAGCUCAGAAUUAACUUUCGGCUAGACAGGGGAUGAUUCUCUUUGCAAUGCGGAGCUUACUCCUUCUGGGGCAUGAGAGCGUCUAGCAUACCCUUAUCUCGUCCAAUCUUCAGCAGGUCAGACAAGCCAUAACUGAUGUGAUUAGGCGUAAAGUCUAAAUAGGCAUAGUUGGACGACGGCGUUAUCAAUCGCAUCCAAGCCACGGGUCUGUAAUCUGAGAAUCUGCAUGGGUGGCUGUUUGCUUCAACCCCUAACCGGGGCAUAUUUUCCAAUUUUUUUUUGCUUUGGGUAGAAAGCUGCGAAAGUCGUUCCGCGGGAUCGCCCUAAGAGGUCCACGCACGCAUGAACAGCUUUCCGGUCGAUCGUUAGGAUUUGCAGAGAGGUUCGAACGGUGGAAAUGAGCCCUAGAACUAGACCAGAGCUGUCUAGAUGCAGCCCGGUAAAAUUGGAUGAGCUGGAAGGAUUGUCCUUGACCCCUAACACUAGGACACUCCGAUGGCAAGUACAGUUAGCUGUUGACAGUUGAGUAAAGUCAUGAGCAAAGUCCCCCUCCAAAAAUUGUAGACCUCGAUUGCCUUUUCUCCUACCCUCCUUCGUUCUUUCCAUCUGAAUCGUGAGUUGGAAAUCUCCAAAACCGUUCGGAGUUGUAAUUGUAUCAAUAUAAACAAAAUGCCUGCAACGCUCCCAACAUUCUUGCACGACUCCGAGGAGCCACUGGUUGUCAGCACCUCCCAGAUCAUGGAUGACAACAUCCCAACCAUUGCCGGUGUUUAUGGAGGAAAGAGAGCCAGAGAUCAGAUCCCAAAGAUUGACCAUAAGAAAAUAAAGAAGAUUUGUUGUAUCGGUGCUGGAUAUGUUGGAGGACCAACCUGCUCGGUCAUUGCAAACAAGAACCCAGAUGUUGCCGUCACAAUUGUUGAUCUCAGUGUGAGACGAAUUGAGUCAUGGCAAUCCAAUGAUCUCCCAAUUCACGAGCCAAAUUUACUUGAGGUCGUCCAAUCCGCACGAGAUGACCAUGAAGGUCGUCCGGCAAAUUUGUUCUUCUCAACCGACAUCGAUAAAGCCAUCCGAGAGGCAGACUGCAUUUUCGUCAGUGUUAACACACCUACAAAGUCUCUUGGUCGUGGCAAGGGAAGAGCGUCAGAAUUAUCGUACUUCGAGUCUGCAAUUCGCCGGAUUGCUGAUGUAGCAACAAACGACAAGAUCAUUGUCGAGAAGUCCACCGUCCCAGUCAGAACUGCCGAAAAUAUGCGAGAGAUUCUCAUGGCAAACUGCAAGCCAGGGGUCAAGUUUGAGAUUCUUUCGAAUCCAGAAUUUUUGGCUGAAGGAACAGCCAUCAAGAACCUUUUACAGCCAGACCGUAUCCUCAUCGGUUCCUUGUCCACACAGGCCGGUAUCCGGGCUGCAGCUUCGCUGGUCGACAUCUAUGCUGCCUGGGUUCCAAGAGAGAAGAUCAUUACAACCAGUCUUUGGUCGUCUGAGCUUGCUAAGCUUGCUGCAAACUGCUUGCUUGCUCAGAGAAUCAGCAGUAUCAACGCUCUCAGCGCCAUCUGCGAAUCGACCGGUGCCAAUGUUGCCGAAGUCUCGAAGGCCUGCGGUCUGGACUCUCGAAUCGGUCCCAAGAUGUUGUCGGCAUCAGUUGGUUUCGGUGGUUCAUGUUUGAAGAAGGACAUUCUCAGUCUGUCAUACAUCGCCGAGUCGCUACACCUCCCCGAGGUAGCUGCAUACUGGAGAUCGAUCAACGAUAUUAACGAGUAUCAAAAGGACCGAUUCGCUCGUCGCAUCGUGGCUUGCCUUCACCACUCUCUCGAGAGGAAGAAGAUCGCCAUCUUCGGAUUUGCGUUCAAGAAGGACACCGGCGACGUCAGAGAGAGUGCAGCAAUCAGCAUUGUGCACGAUCUUAUCACGGAAGGUGCUGACAUUGGAAUCUACGAUCCUCAGGCUCCAGAGGAGAGCAUCUGGUUCGAGCUUGAGGCUGCGUGCGACAAUCCCGAUCUCGUCAGAAGCCGUGUUAAGAUCCACAACACUCCAUACGAAGCCUGCGACGGUGCGCAUGCAAUUGUCAUUGUCACCGAGUGGGAUGAAUUCGGCAACAAGACCCCCGUGGCAUCGAAGAAGGCUACUGUGACUCCACCAGCGACUCCAAGGACUGACUCUGCUGCUAAACUGCCAUCACUGCCGAGCAAAUUCCCCGAGACGAAGGAGACGACUGUUGCAAAGGCGACUGGCACGAGGGUAGACUGGGAGCGGGUUGCGGGCGUGAUGAAGAAGCCGAUGUAUGUGUUUGAUGGCCGCAAUAUGAUCGAGCCGCAGAAUCUGGAGGAUUUGGGAUUCAAGGUUGAGGGGAUCGGAAUGGCUGGUAGAGGACGAAAGAUUGUCGUUGAUUUGGACUCGUAAAUUGGGCGAAUUUUUGGGAUUGGUGGGACGGCGUUGAAUAGAGGGCAAAUUUGUUUCAGGCUGGUGUAAUAAUAUAAAUUGAUGAUAAUAGAAAUGGCUUAUCGGGUUUCGUCUGUCGUCUUCUUAAGGUUCUUCGCAGAAAGCAAUCCUGUGAGCGGUGGAAGCCGAUUUUCAUUCCUCAAUCAACACUCCGUGAAUGGAAACUUGUAGGUAGCCAGCUAUUUCCUACAAACUCACGCCGUCACACCUUUCACCCUGCCAUGUCGAUGGAUACCUGUAUGAAGCUGGAAGAUUUCCAUAUUGUCACGUUAUUGUCAUAUGAUACGAAG